AUGAAUUCCCCCAUUGAAGCCACUCAUCGAAUCACGCCGAUCAUGGCAGCUAACGAUGGCAAUAACGAUUUUUGGGACUUUUUUAACCCAUCUAACCUUUCAAUAAUCUUUGAGGAAGCUUCGAAAAUCAGAUUCCAGGACUAUGCUUACUGUAACUACAACCCGAAGGCCCUUUAUGGAAAGAUCACCGAAAGAAUCUCCGACGAAAAAUGGAACACGGAAGAGGCUUACGGCGAGAUCAUGAAGGCGGUCACUGUUGGUCUUGUGAGAGGAAACAUAACUCAGCAUCAAAUCGAAAAGAUUCCCGUCGGCGAGAGUAUUCUGAAAUCGGUUGCUAAUUUCGGCAUCCAAAUCCGAAAGAAGACCGAAAAGAUGCAGUGCUAUCCCGACACCCUGACCUUCGUCAGAUUUAUCUCUCUGUUCCCUCAUUUCGCAAGCUGUGCGUGCCUGAUAAUCCCUAGCAAUUUGACGCAGAAAAUCCCGUGCGACGGAAUUUAUUCCGCAUGCAUACUUCCCGUCGGGAUGAAGCACAGCGGCUUCGCUGCGCUCAUUCCGGCGGGUCCCGAUUACAGAGCGGUGCGGGGUUAUCUCUCCGUUGCUUUUACUGCUUUCAUGGUAGAGUUCUGGGAUGUGAUGAAUCCGAAAAAAUCGAACCGCGCUCCACAGGUGAAGUUCGAAGAGCAGUUCCGGUUGACCGAAACCGCAAUUGAUGACGGGAGAAUGAGCGACGAACGGAGAAUUACUGCUUUGAAAGUUGCCAUGGUCAACUCUAGGGUUUCGUUGGACCGGAUUCUGAGAGUUGUGGGUAAUGUUCGUAGGGUGCAUGGUAUGGCGGUGGAAGACCCUGGGUUGUACAAAAACGACGCCGUUUUGGAAGGUGAUUUCUGGAAAUUAGGGCACACUCGUGAAAUUGAAGAUGAAACGGGAAUCAAGGCUGCUGCAGAAAUUGAGGGUAUCAAGAAGAAAUACCCUGAUUAUGGUGAAGUUAUGGAUCACGCAAGCUGCUCUUCUGUCUCUUCUUCUUCAAUUGAUGCUGCUACUUCUGCAACUGCAGAUCUUCCAUUAUUUACUGAAACUGUUGUUUUUCCAGGUUUGACUGGUUUUCCAAUUUGAAAAAUUGAUGUAUUGACAAAAUUUAAAUGCGUUUUUAAGUUUGUAAUAAUGGGGCUGUUUAUUUUGAUU